AUGGCGUUUCGACGAUGGCAGAGCUCGCUGUCGCCGCUUGGCCGCCUUGGAGCAGCUGAAACGCAGCUGUCUGGAUCUAGACUGGCCUCAAGGCCGUUUGUUGGCUCCAGCUCGGCGCUGUCGGCAGGUGUGCCCGACUUCCUCGCCCCGGCACUGUCGCAGGGCCCCGCCCGCCAUCGCAGGCAAUAUGCCUCAACGUCUGCAGCCAGACCCUUCUCCAUAGAGUACACGGCCCCUCAGACUGUCCCUAUCACGACACGGUCAACUCAGUCGCUCGAGGCAGCAACGGACAUUCCAGACCAGACCGACUUCAGCUCGUUCUUCGACACCGAAGCCUCCACCAUCGGUUUGGCCAGCGCCAUGGCCCCACUCGAAGCCGCCCGGGACGAGCAAGACAUCAAUCGAGCAGCCGAUCGGAUCUACAAACAUCCGCUUCUUGCGCAAGAACGACGCCAUGCUAAACGUCUGCACAAGAAGCGCACGCCUCCGGACGAAUCGUGGUCGUGCAAGCUUCCAUGCAACGAGCACUUUGUGCUCAGUCUGUUCAGCACCGCAUUCAGCAUCACCAAAGCCAGCGGCAAGCACGACGUGCAAGCCGCGAGCUGGACCGUCAUCCGUACGCUGCAGGCCAUAGUCCAAGCUGCUCAUGUCACUUCCCUCUCUCCGGCCUUCCUGUGCGAACUCGCUGGCUAUGCGCGCGCCGAAGCGGCCAGAACGACGCUCAAACUGCUACUCAGCAUGAUCGACGACCGCCUCGCGUCUGCCCCCGCGGCCAACGCCCAACUCAGCCUCUCGGACCGCGACCAUCUUUCGCGCACCCUGCGACGCCUCAUGAUCGCUUUUUCCGAACUCGGCGACUUUGACCGCACGCAGAAAUGCUUCGAGCUGCUGCAGAAGCAUGCCCUCGACACCGACAUUCGCAAGUUUCAGUUCAAGUUCAUCGCGCUCUGUCAGAAGGUGUGGGCGCGGUCGGAUCACGCAGACCCCAAAUGCAUCGCGAACAACCUCGAGUAUCUGCAGCAGCAACUGCUCGUGCUCAAGCGUCGGAUGGACGAGCGCGACAUUGCGAUGGACGACACGUUUCUUGCCACCAUCGUACACUCGUUCAGUGCGCCGUUGCGCACCCACGGCGUUGCGUCCUUGUCGCGCGACCAGGUAGCCGGCAUGUUGCAGGUGGUUCGUGCCAUUGCGGCGCGCUCCAUAGAUUCGGGCGCCGAAUUGGCCACUCCGCCUCGGCUGUUUGGUGCUAUUGUGCAGGCCGAGAUCGAUGCAAUGUCGCAUCUCCGCACACAAGGACGCUCGCGUUUGCAGCCGCCUCGCCGCAUAAGCACGCUGAUGCACGAGCUUCAAACGAGGAAGCGUCCGCGCACCAGGAGGAUCGUCGGCAUGCACGACCGCAAGCAUGUCGACGAAUGGCGACUCACCGAGCUCUUCCUGCGUCUGCGUCUUGCGGCUGCUUUGGGCGACAUGAGGACGGGAAACGAACUGCUCCGCGAGCUGUUUGCGAUCAAACCGCUCCAGCCAUCCACACCGAGCGCGAGGGAUCUGCUCAUCAAACAACGCAGCUCCGUCGUAGCGCUGUUUUCGGCAGCGAUGCGACGUCGGCCUUUCACAUCCGAUGCGGAUGAGGCGCUCGCCGUACUGCGCAUCGCAUUCGGCUGUAGCAGUACCGACUUUCACGAGGUGUGGACAGGUGUUCAGCGACCGCCCAACUUCAAGCCAAAGUCGAGCGACGAUGCUUGGCAACCCUCGACCACCAUCCUUCGGCUGUGGCGAAGGUGGAUUGGAGCAUGGCGCGAGGAUGCUAUCGCUCACAGUCAGCGAACCGAUCCCGAGACACUCUCACCCGUGUCUGGUGAGGCAGUGGAGCAUCUGGCGGUUGGAGGGACGUAUGCAUUCAAGAAUCCAUGGCGCACUAUGAAGGACGCCUUUACGAUCCUCGACAUCAACCUGACGCACUACGAGGAGCGCAAUUCGCACGAAGAUCGACGAGCACGACGUCGAUUUGCGUUUCUCUUUCGGGACAAGGUCGUGCUGGACAGCGUCGUGCGCGUCUGUCUCACAGGUGGACGCAGGCGCAACGGUGUUGGAAUGGACCGAUUCGUAGACCGACGCUUGGACGUUUUGAUCCGCACCCUGGCGCGUGUCGAUGCACCCGCGCGUGUCUGGGAACGCCUGGAAGCAUCCAUGGUGCACCACCUCUCGCGCAUCGACCCGGCGGUCAUGCCGACCGAAAGAGUCGUGCUCCAAUUCGACCAGAUCAAAGCUCUCAAACGCAAAGCCUUGCUGCGCAAUACGGAUUUGCUCAAAGCGUACCGUGACCAAGAAACGACGCCCCAACAGCCUCUUGAAACUGGAUCAGUCACCGUCCUCCGACACAUGCUCGACCACCAACAACAACAGCAACAGCCGCAACCCCAACCUCAACCCACCAUCCAACCUUCCCUCACCUAA